AUGGAAAAUGGGAACCUAAUGCUGAAUAGUUUUUUCCGUAGAGAUACAUUGAAGAAUCUCACACACCAUAAGGACGAAGAUCUUCUUAAAGGUCAAGCAGUCAAGAACAAAAAGGCUCUCUGGGAUAAAAUUCUUGAGUUUAGGUUCUUACUUUCAAAAAGCAUUUCGGCUUCAAAUAGAUUGCCACAGGAUCCAGUUAGUUCUUUUUGUGACUCAGAUGGAGGCGUUGGGUCAGCUUAUGCUGAUUUGAUUUCCUCUUCCCAUAAGACUUUGGAAUCUUUGCUGGGAUUACAGGAGGCUUUACUCGAAAAGAAUCCAUCUAUUUCUCAAUCUUCCGAUGUUUAUUCUGGCGAGAAGCAUUCACAAGAUUCUAAGAAAUCAGAUGCAGAAAGCAUAGUUAUUAAAGAGGCGCGCCUCAGGCGAGAGGCGACUCGGGCGAUGUCAGAAAGGCGCGCGCCUCAGGCGGGAGGCCAGAGGCGCGCGCCUCUGACAAAUACGAUUUUAGCAGUAUUCUCCAUUUCUUCUUCUUCCUCGGAUCAGCUGAAAAGAAAGACCAGUGCCGUGCCGCCAUACAUCGCUGACAGAGCAGAAAUCGUUGUAAGUCCGCCUCCUACGGCAGCCCUCCGCCAUCAUUGGAGCAGUCAAGCGGCAACCACAGAAGCAACCACCUUGAAUGUCGCGUUCUCCCUCUUAAACAAUCGUCACCAAACCAUCGGCGCCGUCAUUGGUCGCCUUUUGUCCAAAAAGCUUUCGCCUCGCCCCACCCCUUGCGCCUCAGGCUUUUGGACCCCUGUCGCCUCGGGUUGCCUUUCGCCUUUAAUAACUAUGGCAGAAAGUGAGAAAGAGUGGUUACAAAUUUCCAAAAUGCACAUGAGAAUAGCCUCUUUCCGAGACAAAUCAAUUGAUAAAUGGCAGAGAAAGACACGGGUGACAACUGGUGCUGCUGCUAUUAAAAGCAAAUUGCAAUCCUUUAACCAGGAUAUCAGUGCACAGGUUGCUUCUUAUCUGAGGGAUCCAAGUAGAAUGAUGAAGCAAAUGCAACUAAGCAGAUCAGCAGUUAGUGUAUUUGGAACAGUUCUUGAGAAGCCAGGGAUUACGAAUGGAGAGGAAUCAAUCCCUGAUGGAGAUCCUGAACUUCUUGACGAUUCUGAAUUUUAUCAACAAUUGCUAAAGGAAUUCUUUGAGACAUUUGACCCCUCAUCUUCUGAGAUGGCUUUCCAUGCUAUGAAAAAUUUGCGAACUAACAGAGAGAUUGUCAAUAGGCGUGCCUCUAAGAGUCGCAAGAUCAGGUACAAUGUUCAUGAUAAAAUUGUUAGUUUCAUGGCCCCUCGACCCAUGAACCUUCCUUCCUUCGGCCCCAAGUUUUUUAAGAAUUUGUUUGGACUCAAGACCCAACAAACAGCUUCUGCAGUUAAAUUGUGCGCCCAGCUAUGGCUAGAUAUCUGGUUUAGGUUCUGUUUUGCAAGUUUUUCUAAUGCAUUCAAUGAAAGCUAAAAAUCUAAUGUAUUCAUCAAAGCUUUGUAAUCCUGCUAUACAUCUGAAAUCAGAAAAGAAGUUUAAAACUCGUGAUAUAUCUGAAAUCAGAACAGAAGUCGAGGGUUUUUGACACAA